AUGCCGGUUGCAAAUUUACCUGAUAUUGUGGAGUUUGCUUAUAGUAAGGUCGAGGCAUCUAAAACCUCAAUUUUGAGUUUGUUCACAUUUGGGAGAGAUUUCAAUGGAGGUUCAGAGAGUGGUUGUGGUUCAGGAUGCAUCAAAGGAUUGGGGUAUAAAAUUAGGGUUGAUCAGACAACCAAGAAGAUUGUUGAAGAUGAAAUCACAAGGAAGCAAAAUGAGUAUGAAAGAAGUGAAAAGGUGAUGAUGAUUAACAAGUUGUAUGAAAUGAAGAAGAUUGCUUUCCACAAAAAAGUGGUGUCGGGAUCUUCACCAAAAGUUGUUGCUGUUGAAAUGGCUAAGAAACUACAAGCAACUUGGAUAAUACUUGACAGGCAGAUGAAAAAAGACAGGACAUAUUUCAUGGACAGGUUAUCUUGUGGUAUAUCAAGGAUGAAGCAUAAUGGUGAAGUUCGUUUAGUGCGAGGACCGGUCAGUAUGCAAGAGAAAGCUGACACACCAAGCAAGUCAAUUCAAAGCAAUAAUAUCAAAUAUGACGAGAUGCUACCUGAACAAGAACAAGAAGAGAUAGUACCAGAGGUGUCCAAUAUAGUGACUGAUGACAAUAAUGAUGAUGAUCUUUUCAGCCUGGACUUCUCCCCACUAAAAUUGCCACUGCAGAAUGUUGAUUCAACCACAGAAUUGAAGGAUGAAAAGGUCUCAUCUACUCUAACCUUCGAUGCGAACAAGGAUUCUGGCAUUGAAGAUAGCUUCAUAAGCUGGGAGGUGCCAAAUGAUGAUUCAAUUGCUGUUUUAAACUGUGCUAACUGGUAUUCAACAAGAGAUGAACAUAGGGAUCUAGACAUAGGAGAUGAAAAAUGUAACAUGGAAUCAGAAAUUUUGGCAGAUGGAUUGCCCAAAUUCCAACAGGAGGAAAAGUUGAACAGUGUUGAGUGUUUGGAAUUUGCUAAGGUAGGGCCAGUUACUGAACAAAAGACAGAUUUCACUUAUGCUGAGUUAUACAAAGCUACAAAUGGGUUUUCUUCGAAAAAUUUUAUUUCUGAAGGGGGGUUUGGAUUGGUCUUCAAAGGAGUAUUAAGUGAUGGACAAUGGAUAGCUGUUAAACAACAUAAAGAUGCAAGUAUGCAGGGAGAUAAAGAAUUCAGAUCAGAGGUUCAAGUGCUUAGCAAGGCUAGUCACAAAAAUGUUGUUAAACUAUUUGGUUCUUGUUCAGAAGGAAAUCAUCGCUUGCUUGUUUAUGAGUAUGUUAGCAAUGGUUCAUUGGACAUGCAUCUGUCAAAAAACAGCUCUAGAGUAUUGAGUUGGAAGGACAGGAUGAACAUAGCACUUGGAGCAGCGAGCGGUUUGAACUAUUUGCAUCAGAAAAAAAUAGUCCACAGAGACAUGAGGCCUGGCAACAUUCUCAUAACUCAGAAUUAUGAACCUUUGUUAGGAGAUUUUGGACUGGCAAGAGCACAACAAAAUGAUUCUGACCGCUCAUCAGACAACAAGGUUGUUGGAACAGUGGGAUAUUUGGCACCAGAGUACGCUGAAAGAGGAAAGUUUUCAAACAAGACUGAUGUGUAUUCCUUUGGAGUUGUUUUAUUAGAGCUAAUCACUGGCAAGACAACAAUGGAGAAGAGACUUCAAGAAAAAAGUCUUGCAGAAUGGGCAAGACCACUUCUGAAAGAAAGGAAAUAUCCGGACUUGAUUGACGAGAGACUUUUAGAGUGCCAUGAUGUUCAUCAACUAUUUUGGAUGGUUAGUUUGGCAGAGAAGUGUCUUAGCAAGGAUGCUGAUAAAAGGCCACCCAUGGAUAAGGUGGAAAAUGCAUUGAGAUGCAUAAUUGAAGGGAAAACAACUGAAGGAAUGGAUGAAUUUUCCCCGACACGAUCUUUCAGCGGCUUGUCACUCUCUAGUGAAUCACAGGAUGGAGAAGAACCUGAUCAACUGGACCUGGCAAGUCCAGAUGCAUAUCCAAUUAGCAAGAACAGAAAAAGUGAGUCAAGCUCAACAUUAUCGUCAUUUUUCAGUAAUGAAACAUCAAGCACAUUCAAAAGUCCGGAGGUUUCAAACUCAGGUAGACGUUCAUAUAAAAAGCCAAUCUCGCGAAGAUCAUUUUUCUAUGAUGAGAUGCUCAUUUAGCCUGGUAAUUUGAAUUAUAAUUUGUUAAGUUGUCAUCCUCAUGGGCUUGAUUGUACAUGUUUUGUAUCUAACCUUUUUAUU